UGCAAAUGUAGCAACAGAUCUGAAGGUGCCUCAACAUCAGAGACUCGUAGAUUAAGACGAAGAAGCAUCAGUAUAACUCCAGAAAUUGGUGAUGAUAUUGUAAGAGCUGUUCGAGCAAUGAAUGAAACAUUGAAGCAGAAUCGCCUCUUAAAAGGACAAGGAGAAAAUAGGUCGGAUGUCCAGAAAGAUGUAUCUGAUUUUUACCUUGGUGACCAGGAUGAUUUAUCUGGUGGAAGAUCUUCCAUGUAUUCUUUUCAGAGAGAGCACAAUGAUUCUCAAAAGGCAAUGUCAUUACCUUCUUCUCCUCAUGAAUAUGGGAGUCAAACUCCUGAGAGGAGUGGGACAUCAAACUACAGGGUAAAUGAUGACAUGGUGUCAACAUGGAACAGAAUUCUUGGAUCGCCUAUGUUCCAGAAUAAACCUCUUUUACCUUUUGAAGAGUGGAACAUUGACUUCUCAGAACUAACAGUUGGCACUCGUGUUGGAAUUGGUUUUUUUGGAGAAGUUUUCCGUGGCAUUUGGAACGGAACUGAUGUUGCCAUCAAAGUUUUUCUGGAGCAAGAUCUGACUGCUGAAAACAUGGAGGACUUUUGCAAUGAGAUUUCCAUCCUAAGCCGCCUUCGGCACCCAAAUGUUAUAUUAUUUCUGGGUGCCUGCACAAAGCCCCCACAUUUAUCAAUGGUCACCGAAUACAUGGAGAUGGGGUCAUUGUAUUAUCUGAUUCAUUUAAGUGGUCAGAAGAAAAAACUCAGUUGGCGCAGGAGACUAAAAAUGCUUCGUGACAUAUGCAGAGGGCUGAUGUGCAUACAUCGAAUGAAGAUUGUCCACCGGGAUUUGAAAAGUGCAAAUUGCCUUGUCAAUAAACACUGGACCGUCAAGAUCUGUGAUUUUGGGCUAUCAAGAAUAAUGACAGAUUCUCCCAUGGGGGACUCGUCAUCUGCAGGGACACCGGAGUGGAUGGCCCCGGAACUUAUUCGCAAUGAACCCUUCACCGAGAAAUGUGAUAUCUUCAGCCUUGGUGUUAUUAUGUGGGAGCUGUGCACUCUAGGUAGACCCUGGGAGGGCAUACCACCAGAGAGGGUGGUUUAUGCUGUUGCCAAUGAGGGAUCACGGUUGGAGAUUCCUGAAGGACCUCUUGGUAGGCUUAUUGCAGAUUGUUGGGCAGAGCCGCAUGAACGUCCUAGUUGCGAGGACAUUCUUACCCGCUUGCUCGACUGCGAGUAUUCAUUGUGCUAAUGCAAUCUCUUUAAUUGUACAGAAACACAUAGUAGAGGUGUUACAAUAUAUUCGGCUCAAGCUCAAGUUGUAUUUUGUGUGGAUUUUCCAAUUUUAGGAAGGUAGUAUUUCAUUUCAUAACCAAAUUGAAAAAAAAAAAA